AUGCAGCGAUCUGCCGUCUGCACCAGCGGGCGUGCGUUGUUGGGCGGCCGCGUGUCUCUUGCCACGGCAUGCACCCGGCCAGUGGGCAUCGUCGGCCGGCGUGGGGUGUGGGAGGGCGCCCUCUAUUCUCGGCCACAGCCGCAGCAGCAGAGUCUUGGGAGACGGAGGUUCGCGACCGACUCGAACGGGGGCCAAAAGGAGCCUCCCUCGGGCACCAAGGGGGGCCUGCAGGCCGCCAAACCCUCCGGCCAGGGCACCGCCGUCACCGUCGCGCAAAAGGUGGUGGAGGGGGGCAAGGACGCGGGGUACGGGCUGGUGAUCCUGGGCGGCGUGGUGCUGCUGGGCGCGGCGGCCUACCAGCUGUUCUCGGCCGGGUUUGCGCCGUCGAGUCCGCAGCACGUGUACUCCAAGGCGUCGGAUCUUCUCCGCCGCGACCCGGAGGUGCAGAAGCUGCUGGGUCCCAACAUCAAAACCUACGGCGAGGAGACCAGCCGACGGCGCCGCGGCCUCCAGUCGACCAAGUACUUCAACGCCGCCACCCAGCGCGACCACGUGCGAGUACUCUUCAGCGCCGAGGGAGACGUCAACGCCGCCGACGUCAUCGCCGACGUCACCGCCUCGGGCCAAUUCUACCUCCUCACCGUCGAGGUGCCCGUCACUGGAGAGAAGCUGGUGUACACCAACACCGGGAAGUUCGAGCGCCGCUGA